AUGACUGUCAUGAUUGGAGAAAUUAACAAGAUUAAUGUGAGGAUGAACACGUUUAUCAUCAUAUGCAGCUGCCUUUGCCUGGCUUUCACUGGAGCCUCAGAAAUAGAGCGGAAGCUCCAUCGGAAGAUAUUUGAGAACUACAAUUUGAAAGUCAGACCAGCACGAUACUGGGAGGAGAAGGUGAUGGUCCGUGUGGGGAUGACUCUCUCCCAGCUAGUCAGCUUGAACGAGAAAAACGGCGAGAUGACAACCAACGUUUUCAUGAAUAUGGCAUGGACAGACUACAGGUUGUCAUGGAACCCAGAGGAAUAUGACAACAUUGAUGUUUUGAGGAUACCUCCCAACAAGGUGUGGCGUCCUGACAUCUUCCUCAUAAAUAAUAAUGACGGUCAGUUUGAUGUGGCUCUGUAUGUCAACGUCUUGGUUUACAGUGAUGGGACGGUCAACUGGCUCCCUCCAGCCAUCUACCGCAGCUCCUGCUCUAUAGAGGUACAGGCUUUUCCAUUUGACUGGCAGAACUGCAGCAUGGUUUUCCGCUCAUAUACCUAUGAUGCCUCUGAGGUGGAACUGCAGUUUUAUCUGGAUGAGGAAGGCAAAGAGAUCCAGGAGAUUGUUAUAGAUGAGAACGCUUUCACUGAGAAUGGGGAGUGGGCCAUCUGUCACAAACCUUCAAGGAAGAACAUUAAGGAGGACCUGUAUGAGGACAUCACUUUUUACCUCAUCAUAGAGAGGAAGCCUCUUUUCUACAUCAUCAACAUCAUCGUGCCCUGCAUCCUCACCAGUGUUUUGGCUAUAUUUGUCUUCUAUCUGCCUCCUGGAGCAGGUCAGGAGAAGAUGACUCUCUCCAUUUCUGUCCUCAUCGCUUUGACUGUCUUCAUGCUCUUGCUGGCUGACAGGGUUCCCGAAACUUCCCUUGCCAUACCCAUGAUUGUCAAUUAUGUCAUGUUCACCAUGAUCCUGGUCACCUUCUCUGUCAUCCUGAGUGUGGUUGUCCUCAACCUGCACCACCGAACGCCCAGUACACACAUCAUGCCACACUGGGUUCGGAAGGCCUUUAUUCACUUCCUGCCCAAGUAUAUUGGCAUGGAAAGGCCCAACCCAGAGGAACCUCUGUUGAAAGAGAGGAAGACACGCCCUCCAGCUGUGCAAGCGUGUGAGAGCACAGUGCAGCUCCAGAGGCUCCCGGACACUGAUGGCUACUGUCUGAUCCUCCCUCCCAACCUGAAGUCAGCCAUCGCCGCUGUGACAUACAUGGCUGAGCAGCUGAAGAAGCAGGACACGGACGACACGAUGACAGGAGAUUGGCAGUUCAUCGCCCUGGUGGUGGAUCGUCUCUUCCUGUGGUUAUUUGUUAUCAUCACCACUCUGGGAACCCUGGCCAUGUUCUUGGAUGCCAGUUUAAACUAUACACCCAACGAACCCUUCCCAUAG